AUGGGUGGUGAUUCUAUGGGUGGUGUUUCUAUGGGUGGUGGUUCUAUGGGUGGUGAUUCUAUGGGUGGUGGUUCUAUAAGUGGUGAUUCUAUGGGUGGUGGUUCUAUGGGUGGUGAUUCUAUGGGUGGUGGUUCUAUGGGUGGUGAUUCUAUGGGUGGUGGUUCUAUGGAUGGUGAUUCUAUGGGUGGUGGUUCUAUGGGUGGUGGUUCUAUGGGUGGUGAUUCUAUGGGUGGUGGUUCUAUGGAUGGUGAUUCUAUGGGUGGUGGUUCUAUGGGUGGUGGUUCUAUGGGUGGUGGUUCUAUGGGUGGUGAUUCUAUGGGUGGUGGUUCUAUGGGUGGUGGUUCUAUGGGUGGUGUUUCUAUGGGUGGUGACCGAUGGCUGGGCUGA